UCAUUUCUCUUGUCGGUCUUCUGAUGACGACAACCUUUUUUUCUCUUAUAAAAUUCUCUCUUCACUUCCUCUCUUUUCUCACAUCUCGCCCUGUAAUUCAACAAUGGCAGCAGCAGCAACAACAAUUGAAAUCAACAAUCUGAAAUUCACAUAUCCAGGUAUCGAUGGGCAUCCACCACCAAAUUCAACUCCAUUGAUUGAAGAUUUCAAUCUCUCUUUGAAAUCUGGCGAACGCUGCCUUCUUGUUGGAUCUAAUGGAGCUGGGAAAACAACAAUUUUGAAGAUAUUAGGUGGGAAACAUAUGGUGGAGCAAUCUAUGGUUAGGGUUCUUGGGAGAUCAGCUUUUCAUGAUACUGCUUUGACAUCUUCCGGUGAUCUUUGUUAUCUUGGUGGAGAGUGGAAGCGAGAUGUUGCUUUUGCUGGGUUUGAGGUUUCAAUUCAAAUGGAUGUGUCGGCUGAGAAAAUGAUAUUCGGGGUUGCAGGAGUUGAUCCUGAAAGGAGAUCUGAACUCAUUAAGGUGUUAGAUAUAGAUCUAUCAUGGAGAUUGCAUAAGGUGUCUGAUGGUCAGAGAAGACGUGUGCAAGUCUGUAUGGGUCUCCUAAAGCCAUUUAAGGUUCUUCUUCUUGAUGAGAUAACGGUGGACCUUGAUGUGCUAGCAAGGGCUGACCUUUUAAAGUUUCUUCGAAAAGAGUGUGAGGAGAGAGGAGCUACAAUUAUAUAUGCGACCCACAUAUUUGAUGGUCUAGAGGAUUGGCCUUCACAUAUUGUUUAUGUUGCCCGCGGAAAAUUGCAACUUGCAAUGCCAAUGGAGAAAGUAAAAGAGACUUCCAAGCUGUCCCUGUUGAGAACAGUAGAGAGUUGGCUAAGAAAAGAAAGGGACGAGGACAGAAAGAGAAGGAAAGAGAGGAAGGCAAUGGGCCUUCCAGAAUUUGAACAGCGUGUUGUGGGCAGUAAUGUGGUUGGGGCACCAGCCGGCAGUGCUGCUCGUCCCCUGAACAAUGGUUGGGCAGGUGGAACGCUUCACUCCACCAUCAAAGGUGAAGGAAAUUUUGUUUUCAGUUCCAACAGAGUUUUGCGUAACUGAUCAAACAGGAUUAUCUGAUACGAAACUUCCAAACAUGAGGGUCUAUAUAGUAAAAGAGAAUAUACAUUCAAAUUUUUUUAGGCUUGCUUGUGUCAGUGUCCACCGUUUUUAAAAUAAAAGGUGAAGGUCAUGAUUCUGUUCGAGUUAGCCAGCAACAUAGAACGGGUUUUAGGCUUUUUCAGCUUCUGAUACGUCUUUGAUUAAUUUGCUUGUUGUAUUUGAUUUCUUUGUUUAUUUUUCUUACUUUGUUAUAGCAAUGCCGAUAGGCGUAGCCUUGUAAAUGGCGCAACUAAAUGUAAUUCUGAAAUGAAAUCCAAAUUGUUCCGAGAAAAGGCAGUUCA